AUGGUUCUCAUGUCGGAGAAUGCCCUGCCGGGAAUCGACGGGCGGUGGACCUCUUCCAAGCACGCAGGAGUGAAGACGAUUCAAGGGAAGACCUUGUAUUGGGGCUUCGGCAUGCAGUUUGGCAUCAACUACCUGCCGAUGGAGCGGUUGUCCUACGACCACAUGGGCAUGGCCAGGAAAGGGAUGCUGGCUGGAAACAAGAUCGACUGGAAUGAUGAUGACUGCUGGACUCGCCAGCAGAAUGAUCCUUACAGCACCACUGAGACAUUGCGCUUGGGAGCGCGAUUGGCUGCCAACUCGAUCGGCUUUUGUUGCCACAAGGGCUUCAAACCGGAGAUCCCCAACCAGGACAACUGGUCCAUUGUGCAUGUCAAUGGCGACUUCUCCGUCUACACCAUUUGUGAUGGGCACGGCUUGAGUGGUCAUCACGUAGCAGAUGUGACGAAGGACUCCCUGCCGCGCCUACUUUUGCAAGAUCCUCGCUUUCGGAGGCAACGCCGAGAUGCUUUGGUGGAUGCCUUUGAGAAUACGCAGGACCUGCUGCGCACGGCGGAUCGGCAAGGCCUGGUGAAGGCGGCCGUGGGAGGCACCACAGCUACAGUGGUGGUUCAUGACCACGCAGAGCAGAAGCUGCAGGUCGCUCAUGUCGGUGACAGUGCAGCGGUACUGGGGCGGAUGGGCCAGGCGGAGCAAUUCCUCGCCGUGCCACUCACCCGUGCCCGGGGCCACGGUGCACGACCGAGCGCGACCCGUCCGCGGAAGCGGGUUGUGGAGUUGGACCGAGCUGACCACCACUUGGAGGCCGAGGACGAGCGCCACCGGGUGGAGGCGGUGGGUGCUCGUGUGGAAUGGGAAGCCGGCGCUUACCGGGCCUUCAACAAGCAUGGGACGGGCGCAGGCCUCAAUGUGACUCGAAGCCUGGGAGAUUUGGAUGCCCACGUGGAGUGUGGCAUUUCCAGCGAGCCCGAAGUGAUCCUCAGACUGAAGAAGGGGUCCAAGAAGACAAACCGAGUAGAACACGACAUGCCACGAACACCCCAGCGAGCGCUGGCAGGUGCUAGUGGUGGCCAGCGACGGCGUGUGGACUUGGAUGAAGCCUCAGGCACCGCGAUUUGUCUCACUCCGCUCCAGGAGGUCCUGGACAUCGUCGCGGCCUGCGGAGCAGCGCAACCCACCGUGGCCGCCGAGCGCGAGGCUUAUGAACGCUGGAUGCAACAGACGGGACGUCAGGCAGCCGACGACAUCGUCGUCUUGAUCAUUGAUUUGGCUGCGAGAGACAGAAAGGACUUUGCAUGA